AUGUUGCUUAUCUAUUCUCUUUGCCUUCUUUCCACCGCUUUCGGGCUUCUUUGCUCGUCUCAGCCAUUGAAUGCACGGGGAGUUGAUAGCAAGUUCAGCAUCUACGCCUUCGGGGACAAUAUCAGCGGACUGCAGGUCUACUAUGCUGACGUCACGGUCUCCAGUUCAGCGGAGUACACGUGGCUUGCGCAUGCCGACUCGAAGAACGCCAGCUGGUCGACGAAAAUACUAUACAUGGCCGAUGGCGGCUCGAGCGAGGUUGGCUUCACCGCAUCAAGCACCACCGGAAAGCUCACCAACGUCUGGUGGACCUAUGGUCGCUAUGUCUUAGUGAAAGUGGAUGGGGCAAGUUUCUAUGCUGAGCCAGUCCAGGGCGUCUCUGGGGAUUACUUGCUCUCAUGGAGUGAUUCGGACGAGUCAAGUACUGAUAAGAUCCUUGUAACGUUGAGAACGAUUGAGGCUUCGACUGAGUCUGUACUGAAUUAA